GUUCUUCGCCACACCACAUCCCGGAUCUAUCACGAAGCCCUUGGGGAUGCGCCUCUGUCCUCACCGCCCCACUCGCUAGCAUUACUCUGCUCGCUUACACCGCGCUCCCCCAUCUGGUACAGAAGAGACGCGGCGCGGCUCAGAGAAACUGACGUAUUUUGCGCAUUUCCUGCGCUAGCGUUACACGGAGAGGGAGAAAAAAGAGGUAGGCUGCAGGAAACCGAGGGGAGCAACAGCGAGAAAGCUGCUUGGGACCUGCGGGAGCGUACCGGGCGAGAAAACCACAACCACAGAGCAAAGAGUGGCUUUAUUUUCAAGCGAUUCUCAAUCUGUGUUGAAUAGGAGUGUCCCAAAUGAACGACGGACAGGCUGGAAACGCUCCCUCUUCCCGCGACCCGAAGAAGAAUAGUUUAGAAGCCGAGCGCUGUUGAGGAGUAACAGCCUGGUUUAUUUUCCUUUAGCGGGCGGUGGACGAAAAGGCUGGGUGGUGUUUUUGCUGCAUGGUAAUAUUUUCGGUUGCUUGUUUACCUUCCACACUCAAACAAAUAAUUCUUUUCAGGGGAAAGGAAUUGUGAGAUCAACAACCAAAUGUGUGUUUUCCUCGCGAAACCAAGACGGACAGAAAACAAAAGCAAGACCAUUUACGCUCCCAGGACCGUUUUGGAAAGACUGUUUUGCAUCCGAUUUGUGUGAUAGAGUCAGACGGGACUGCUAUUUUUCCGUUAUAUGCAAGGGAAAAAUCAUACAUAUUCACUGGGUGUCGCAAGAGCUAAGGGGAAAAAACCCCUGCAUUCAUUUUUGUUCUUACGUGGAGAAUACUAAACACUAAAAUAUAAGAAAUUAUUUAUUACUUGUGGAACUGGCUGAGACUGAGCAUCAUUGUGUUAACAACUGCAACAAAAAUUAAUUACAAAGAAAUAGGCGGACGAUUACAUCACCAUCAUGGUGGUUUUCAAUGGGUUAUUGAAAAUAAAGAUUUGCGAAGCCCUGGACCUGAAGCCCACUGCCUGGUCUCUGAGGCACGCGGGUGGACCCAAGACCCAAACCUUCCUGCUGGAUACCUACAUCGCCCUGAACGUGGAUGACUCCCGCGUGGGUCAAACCUCCACCAAGCAAAAAACCAACAGCCCUGCUUGGAACGACGAGUUUGUCACAGAGGUACACGACGGAAGGAAAAUCGAACUGUCCGUUUUUCAUGAUGCCCCAAUUGGAUACGAUGAUUUCGUGGCCAACUGCAUCAUUCAGUUUGAAGAUCUGUUACAGAAUGGGAGCAGACACUUUGAAGACUGGAUAGACUUGGAGCCAGAGGGGAAAGUGUACGUCGUCAUUGACCUGUCGGGAUCAUCCAGUGAAGCGGCGGCGUCCAGCGAAAAUGAGGAGCGUGUGUUCCGGGAGCGGAUGCGGCCGAGGAAGAGGCAGGGCGCGGUCCGGAGGCGGGUCCACCAGGUCAACGGGCACAAGUUCAUGGCCACCUACCUGCGCCAGCCCACCUACUGCUCCCACUGCCGGGACUUCAUCUGGGGCGUGAUAGGAAAACAGGGGUACCAAUGUCAAGUAUGCACUUGUGUGGUCCACAAACGAUGUCACGAACUAAUAAUUACAAAGUGUGCGGGGCUGAAGAAACAGGAAGACACGCCAGAAGAGGUGGGAUCCCAGCGCUUCAGCGUCAACAUGCCACAUAAGUUCAGUAUUCACAGCUACAAAGUCCCUACCUUCUGUGACCACUGUGGCUCCCUGCUGUGGGGCCUGCUCAGGCAAGGGCUGCAGUGCAAAGUGUGUAAAAUGAAUGUACAUAGACGGUGCGAGAGCAACGUGGCCCCCAACUGCGGUGUGGACGCUCGAGGAAUCGCCAAAGUGCUGUCAGACCUGGGGGUGACGCCCGACAAGAUCUCCAGCAGUGCACAGAGGAGGAAAAAGUUAAAUCAGGGGCAAGACCCCCAGCAGCCAAUUCCAGGCACACCUCAAACAGAAGAAGACCGUUCCAAAUCUGCACCCACGUCCCCCUGUGACCAGGAUAUCAAAGACCUAGAAAACAUCCGAAAGGCCCUGUCGUUUGACCACCGUGGGGAGGAGCACAAGUCUGCCUCCUCCUCUUCCUCCUCGGGGGGCGGCGGGCCGGUCCCAGCGGCCGACGGCCGGGAGAACGGGGAGGUAAAGACCCUCCAGGCCAAGAGGAUGAACCUGGACGACUUCAUCUUCAUCAAGGUCCUGGGGAAGGGCAGCUUUGGCAAGGUGAUGCUGGCAGAGCUGAAGGGUACAGACGAGGUGUACGCAGUCAAGGUGCUGAAAAAGGAAUCUCACGACACGUGACUGCACCCUGACGUAAGCGCUCCUGCGCUGGCAGAGGCACCUACGACACAGCUCUUCUGCUGCUUCCAGACCAAGGACCGACUCUUUUUCGUGAUGGAGUACGUGAACGGAGGAGACCUCAUGUUUCAGAUACAGCGGUCCCGCAAGUUCGACGAAGCCCGCUCCCGCUUCUACGCAGCCGAGGUCACUUCCGCCCUCAUGUUCCUGCACCAGCAUGGAGUCAUCUACAGAGACCUGAAGCUGGACAACAUCUUGCUGGAUGCCGAGGGCCACUGCAAGCUGGCCGACUUUGGGAUGUGCAAAGAGGGCAUCCUGAACGGAGUAACGACCACCACCUUCUGCGGGACCCCCGACUACAUCGCCCCUGAGAUCCUGCAGGAGCUGGAGUACGGCCCGUCGGUGGACUGGUGGGCCCUGGGGGUGCUGAUGUACGAGAUGAUGGCCGGCCAGCCGCCCUUCGAGGCGGACAACGAGGACGACCUGUUCGAGUCCAUCCUGCACGACGACGUGCUGUACCCCGUGUGGCUCAGCAAGGAGGCCGUCGGCAUCCUCAAAGCGUUCAUGACUAAGAGCCCCAACAAGCGGCUGGGCUGCGUGGUGGCGCAGGGGGGGGAGGAGGCCAUCAAAGCCCACCCCUUCUUCAAGGAGAUCGACUGGGUCCAUCUGGAGCAGAGGCGGAUCAAACCGCCUUUCAAACCCCGCAUUAAAACCAAAAGGGAUGUCAACAACUUUGACCAGGACUUCACGCGCGAGGAGCCGGUUCUGACUCCAGUGGAGGACGCCAUCAUCAAACAGAUCAACCAGGAGGAGUUCAAGGGCUUCUCGUACUUUGGGGAGGAGACCCUCUCCUAGACCAUCGGCCCCCAGCUGCCUUUCCAUUCACCUUAACCUGUCUUCCCCCCAACACACUCAUGCUCUCUCACACGCAUACACACACACUCACACUUACACUCUCACGUUCACGCACACACAGACACGCACGCACACACACACACACACACACCAUACACACGCUCCCAGCAUUGCAGUCUCCUCGGCCUGGCGUCAGAACUGUCCCUCUCCUGAACCCACUCCAGAGCUGGCUCAUCACCACAGCUGCAGCCCCCAUCCUCCUUGCAUCUUUCCCUCAAUCACUCCAUUCCUGUUCAGUGUCCUCUAUUCCUUUUUCUACAUAUUUGUAUUAUAAUUGUGUAAAGAACAGAAUAGGACAGACCUUUUUUGGCAUCACUCCACCUUUUCUGUCUGCCUGGCUCUUACAUACUGUUUUUUUUUUUUUUUCGUUUUCAGUUGUUAGAACCUGUGGCGCAGAGGAGUGUCUGUAAAGGAAGUCCCCCCCCCCCCCCACCACCCCAAUUUAGGACAAGCAAAACCAACAACAUAACGAAACCGUAAACACAAAAGCAACCGCCCAGACCUCAUCUGUGCAAGCUGUCUGCUGAUUGUGGUACAUCUACUAUAACUCUGGAUGUGCUUUUGAGAGUUUGGGUUUUGCAAAAGGCAGAAAUGAACCGAAGAGUCCCGUAUGACACAUCCUGUAUGAUCACAGUGAUAGUAUAGUGUGAAUUAGCUGGCCUGAACCCUGCAGUGUGCUGCUCCAUCUCGUAAGACAUUUCUGUAGAGCUAAUUACCACAAGGAAAGAAGGACCAAAAACAUCACGAAAUGAGAAGGGAACAAUGUCCUGUUGAGCAGCCAUUGGCUGAGCAACUGGCUGCUGCAGCAGGUUCUUGGUGUCCAGUCAGAGUGCAGAGAAAACCCUUCGUGCUGAGCUUAAUUCGCCAGCAACUAGCAAUGUGUGCAAACUGAAGCCAGCCACCCCAAACACUCAGUAACCCCAUUCAAAAUAUUAAGCUUUAUUGCUGUGUUUGGGAGGAACGGCUGGAGUGUCUGAAUAGGGUCAAAACUCUUUCAGUGCUGGACUUCCUUGACCUCACUUCUCUGUAGCUUAAACUGUAUGGAAUUUGUUCCACCACCUUUCUUGUUGUUUUUUUUUAUUGAAGUCCUGUUGUGCAAAGUACAUCAUCCCCAAAGAAAGUAAGAAAAAAUGUUAAAAAUUAAAAAUACUAUUUUUCGUAAGAACUCUUUGUAGCCACAGAAUUGACGGGUUCUCUCAGUAGAAUGCACUACGAUAACCAAAUUGACAGUACCAGUGAUUGUACUAAAGUAUUAGAUGUAUAUGGUCACACUACCCAAAGCACCAAAUGUGAUGCUCAGAAUUUGAAAUCAUCCAGUGAAAAGUUUUUCUGUAGAUCAAAAUUUUGCAACACUGACAAUAGUUAAUGUACAGUACAGUAAAAUGCCUUUUUGUGUGUUGGGGUAACUUUUGUGGACAAUGUAACAAAGUUAGAAACGUUAAAAACAAAAUGGUUACCUACUGUAGAUAUGCUCAUAGUGUUAUUGUAGUUUAAUUUCUAAAUAUUCCUCAUAUGGUAUUUCUGUUUGUGUGUGCACGCACGUGUGUGUGUGUAUGUUUGCGUGUGCAUGCGUGUGCAUGCAUGAAUGUGUGUAUGAGGACGUGUGUGCACGUCUGUGUGUCGUGCAUGAGUUAGCAUGAAUGUGAGUGCGUGCUUGUGUGUAGAAGUGCCCACUUGAAACAGUUUAAUUUUAUUUUGUCUUUUUUGUUCAUUUUUUAAAUGAUUUUACUGGAUUGUCUUGUUGCUUAGCUUUUGAAAUCCUUAGCAAGAUUUCCAUGCUAUGCAACAAGACUCACUUUCGUGGGUGGCAAAGCCAGCACCUAAAUCCCAGUGUCUUGCCCUCUCUGUACAGACAAGUCUUUGUAUAUAAUGUUUGCUGAAAGGCCUGUGAAGAUCUUUGAAAAUAGAGGUAUCAACCGUUGCAUGGUCAGGCAUAUUAUAUUAUUGUGUAAUACUAGUCUAUGAAAAAAGAUACAAUGUCCAUGUGCAAUACUCUGUAUGUGUUUUUGUUCAUUUUGAUUUUUUGUCUUGUUUUUCCCCCUCCUGAUCUGUAUUUUUUUUAAUGCAUGUUUUUUUGUUGUUUCUUUGCUUGGUCUUUUCUGACUCUCUGUUCGUCUCUCUGUAGUAAUUUGUUGCCUCCAUUCUCAACACACCCCAUACCACCCCACCAUACUCCAUCCUCCAGGACUUCAGGGCUUUGUGCAGUAUCUGCCCCCCCCCCCCCUUUUAAAGUCCCAGUCAUUAGUUUUUUUGUCACUGAAUGGCUCAAAACGACAGCCAAUGGGACCCACCAAAAAUGCCCUGAUGCACUUCCCAGGCGUAAACACCCCCUUACAGAUACUAGUCUUGUUUCCAAAAAAGAAAAGUAGUACAGCAAAGUUAUUGUAACGCACAUAUGUAUCUACUCCAAAGCCACCUAUCUCCUCCUACUGUCCCAGGGAAGAGCAACCAUACAGCCUGACAUGCCAAAGAGUCCUGCAGGAACAGCAGGCCUGUCUAUCAGCGCUUUCACUAGCAUGGGCCAUCCCAUAGGGCUGCUGCGGGGGCUGAAGAGGAAGCCCCUCUUUAUGUAGGAGGAUCAAAUUCCUGUCCAAAAAGCAGGGGGAGGACGGUGGGGGUCAGGGUGGAUGGUGGGAGAAAGAGAAAUUGAAGAAAAUGGAGAAAUGAAGGGGCGUGAGGAUUGCUGGUUGUAUGAGGUCACAUUGGCAGCAGGUGUGGCUUUGGUUGGGGAGGGGGGGUAAUGCAGGUCUCUUGUAUUAUCCAUGGUUCACUGUCUCUCAGUGCUUUCCACUCAGGUCUUGCGCACCCUCUUCUCCCCUUCCAAAUCACUGUCCCAUCCUGUCACCCCCCCCCCCCCCCCCGCUCCCCCGCCCUUCUAAAUGCUCACCAGAAGCCAUACACAGUACAAAGAUAGUUUGUCAGCACAAUACAAUACAUUAUGGGAAUCUAUUUUAUUGUUACAUGCAGUAGUAUUAAGAGUACUGCCAUUAGGAAUUAUAAAGGGUAUUCCGCUUGCCAAAAUGUCACACUUUAUUUUUUUAUGUAUUUUCUUAAAGAAUGUUUCCAUUCAUGACUUGUUUUGUUAUGAAUCUGGAUUGUAUUGGUCUCCUACACCAUUAGACAGGACAGCAAAUUUACUAUUUUAUUUGGUAGUUGUAAUAAGUUUGCAGUCCAGUAUUAUCCAAACAUUUGUACUUCAACCAAUUAAAGUCUAGCUCUUCAUUUUAUUUUUGUUUUUGUAAUGACAGUAUUUUCUUUUGGGUCCCUCUCAGUUUUAUUGUUACAGUAAUUUGCUGUGGCACUGGGACUUGGUGGGCAGACGUGAUCUAGGAAAUCUGAUUACUUGUCUGAGGCCACAACAAUUUCCUGCUGCAAACUUUUUCAAAUGUCACCAUGUUCAUGGUGAAAAAUCAGAGACGUCUAGCAGUGUUCUGUCCACCCCCCCAUCCAUCCUCAACCCCACCCCCACCCCCAACUCUACCGUAUUCACUGAUUCAACAACAAAAAUGUAAUACAUUUUCACACUUGUACUUAGACUGAUAGCCAAUCAUGCACCUCGUGUGUCUGUGACAUAACUUGGCAUCAGUGAGAAUAAUCCAUCACGACCCUCUCUGUUUUUCAUUUGUUCCCACAGUAUACAUACAGUAAAUGCACAUAAUUUAAAUCAUUUUAAAAGAGAAGCUGUGUGUUAAAAAAAGAGACAGAGAUGAAUCGCUCUGAAUCCAGCCCCCUUGAAAGUGCUGUUUCUGUCUGUUUGUGUCACUGAGAGCUGCUCUUCUGAAUGUUCUGAGUCGCCUUGUUUCCUUCCAUAUUACCUGUUUGGGCAUUGGUCCCUCCUGUCUGUUAUCAUGUGAACUCCAUUCCGGAUCAUUUGCCACCUCCUUCUAGGUUUACAGUUUUCUCAGUUUUGUCUGUGUUUGGCUUGAGGUUGGGUCCCUUGUGUUUUAUUGUUAUUAUUUUUACUAUGAUUAUUUUUAUUUUUUAUUUCUUUGCGAGAUAUCAGACCACUCCUUCCCCUGCAGCCUUCCUCUAGCCCUUGGUCCAUCCUGCUAACCUCCGUGCUCUAUGCCAAGUCUGAUCUGUCUUUCUGCUUCUGUUAUUUUUUUGUCUAAGAAAGUUUGUCAAAGGAAAAAAAAAACUAUAUAUAUAGGAAACACAUUUUGGUCUGUUGCUGAAUCAUCAAAGCGUUAAACUGAGUAAAUAUAUAAACGGCUAAAGAAUUACCUCUUAAAUUAAGUGCAAAAAUGUGUCUGACUGAGUAUGAUGCAUUGGUGCAUAUAGUAGUAUAAUACAUACAGCUAUGUGUCAUGUGUAUUAUAGUACUCUAUGUAUUAUAUAUAAUAUACUUAAAGUAUUUGAUUUUUAGUUUCUGUAUUGUGAAGCUUUGUAUGUACAAUACGUUUCCUUUUUGGGUGUAUUUUGAAUUUCUUUGCCAUCCAUUAGUGUUAUCUCAUCGUAAGCAUUUUACUGUGUGCCAAAUGUACUGUAUUCAAAAUGAUGUGAAUGUGUAUUGUUUGUUUUGGAUCCUAUUAAAUACUAUGAUGUCAAAAUGA